CAACUUUUUUGUGAAGCAAGAUGGCAAACAAGGGCAUUUUGAUUCUGUCCGCGCUGGCGACCGCCGGAUGGAUUACAUUCUGCAUUGGAUUCGGGUUCCGCAACGACUGGGACGCCGACGAAAUCAAGGAGAGCUUCAACCCGACGCUCUUCUGCUGGUGGACCUUUGCGCUCGCUGGCCUGGUUGGCACGGCCGCGCUCAUCUUUUACGGCGUCAACCGCUCAGCGGGACUCGGUGCUGCUGCACUGUUUGUCAACCUGCUCAUGAUGGUCUGCGCGGGCGCCGUCACAAACACCAACGGUCAAAUCAUCUACUCGUGCUUGAGCAACAACGACGACCAGUCCAGCUGCAUCACCUCGCAGUCGAGCGUCGCCGAUUACAACAAGGUCGAGUUCAGCGGCUCGUUCAUCUAUUUGCUGUUCCAGGGUAUCACAAUCUGCUACUGGUUCUACAGCGCUCACGAGUAUCACUCGUACAACAUGCUCGCAUGAAGCCGUCAUCCAUUCCAGUGAUCCUGGCCAGUGUUUUUUUCCUCUUUGGGUUCACCUCAAAACAACAAUACAACUGGUUCAUAAAGCACAAAACGAUGGUUUAUUUCCCGUGGCGUGAUCAUUAUCUC